AUGGCACCAUCUGGACAAGCUCACAGCCACCCACCACCCACUGGAUCUACUUCAGAGGCAUCCAACAUCAAGACCAUCUCCAAACGUCGACGCAGUCUCGGGUCUCUUUUAUCCCCACGGCUCUUCCCGCCGGCGCCCGACGAAGAUCUCGAUCCGCUCCUCACCGAAGACUAUGUCGUGCCAGAACAUAUCGAGGCUUUCCGUGACGCACUAGCCACAGAUCUCGGCCAACAAGAGUAUCAGCCGACUUCCUCCUCCCACAUCACCGGCUCUUCCUCUUGGAAUGUCUUUGGGUACGGAAAUGCAGCCAAAACGCCAACAGAGACGGGCCAAGCAUCUGCUGCCGCCGCACCUGCCGCCGCCUUCGCCGAGCCCAAGUCUCCACUCAUGGCCCAGCCAUCGGGAACGCGCGCAUCCAAUCCGCGCAAGGUAGGCAGAAUCGCCGCUGCUUCUGACUUUGCCCCCAUCAACGAAAAGAUCGCUCGCAAGAGCAAGAACAAGGGCAACCUCGUCGAUUCAGGCACAAGGGAAGGCUUUGUGUUUCACACUCUCAGGUGGCCGCUCCUAAUCGGCACCUUUCUCGUCAUCAGCCUCGAGUUCUUGCUGUAUGUGCUUGUACGCCAACUUGUCAACCUCAUCGAGUAUUCGAUAGCCUGGCGUGGAAAGAAGGGUCAGCUGCGAAAACGCAUGCGCUCUGCAUCCAACUAUACCGACUGGAAGGAAGCAGCACUCGAACAAGACGACUUUCUCGGAUACGAAAAGUGGAAGACCGAGGACGGGAGCGGCUUUUACGACUGGAUUCUCGUCAAGAAGGUCAAAUCUUCGCUGAAGAACUUCCGCGAGAAGGACGACGCAGAAAAUCUGCUCGGCGUCCUCGAUCUGUGCCUGCGCAACAACUUUGCCGGUACCGAGAACUUUCGUCUCUACUCCGAGACCUAUUUCGGCACGAAGUAUUUGGUCGAGAGCUAUCUGGCCGAGAUCGAGACCGCAUUGGCGUACAUCGAAACAACAGACAAGAUUCCGCUCGAGACCAAGCGCAGCUUCUACCGCACAGCCAGCAAGAAUCUCGGUCGCAGCGCGCUCUGCCUCUCGGGAGGAGCCAGUUUUGGAUAUUACCACAUUGGCGUCUUGCGCGCGUUGCUCGACGCGAAUCUGCUUCCCAAGGUGGUCACAGGAACUUCGGCAGGUGGACUGAUCGCUGCGCUGGCAUGCACUAGAACCGAUCAGGAGCUAAGAGGGAUGCUCGUGCCGGCGCUGGCGGACCGCAUCACUGCGUGCGAGGAGCCUUUCUCGGUGUGGGCACGGCGUGCGUGGUCUACGGGCGCACGCUUUGAUACGGUCAAGUGGGCGGAAAAGUCGACUUUCUUCACCAUGGGCAGUAUGACGUUCAAGGAGGCGUAUGAACGCACAGGUAAGGUUCUGUGCAUCUCGGUGAUCCCCGCCGAUCGCCACUCGCCCGUCAAGCUGCUCAACCAUGUCACCGCGCCAGACUGUGUCAUCUGGAGCAGUCUGCUAGCGUCGGCUGCUGUGCCUGGUAUUCUGAACCCGGUCUGCCUGAUGCAGAAGCGCAAGGGGACGAACGAGAUUGUGCCGUGGAACUGGGGCCACCGUUUCAAGGACGGAAGUCUUCGCGUCGAUAUUCCGCUCCAAGAUCUUCAUGCACUAUUCAACGUCAACUACCCUAUCGUCAGCCAAGUUAACCCGCACGUGCACCUCUUCCAUUUCGGCUCCAAGGGCUCGCCCGGCCGGCCCACCGCGCACCGCAAGGGCAAAGGCUGGCGCGGCGGAUUCAUCCUCUCGGCUUCCGAACGCAUACUCAAGCUCAACCUCUCUAUGAACUUUAAGAUCCUGCGCGACCUCGAUCUGCUUCCCGCCAUCCUGGGACAGGAUUGGUCGAGUGUAUUUUUACAGCGUUUCGGCGGUGCGGUGACCAUCCUACCCAAGACGAGGGUGUGGGAUUGGGUGAGGAUCUUAUCGGAUCCAGAUCGAAAGGAGCUGGCAAGGAUGAUGAGUGUGGGUAAGAGCGUCACGUUCCCCAAGCUGCACAUGAUCGAGAACAGGGUCCGGCUGGAGAGGGCGAUUGAGCAGGGGAGGAAAGCGUGCAGAAGGGCUUCGAGAGCCAGUAAUGGCAAGUUGGAGCGAUCGCCGAUGAGCAACGCUGUCCAGCCGCUGCCUGAGAUCGAGGGCGGAUCGCGGACCAGCGGAGAGAGUCUUUCUAGGGCGCGUGUCGGGCCUAGGAGCGCUACGUCACAGCCGAGCGACACGGACAACGACGACUUUUUCACCAACAAAGAGGUGCUUGGUUUGACCAAGGCGGCUGGAUCCGAGGCGCGGAAUGGGCUGUCAGACUCAGCGGUCGGUACGCCCAACAGCGUGGGGCAUACGGAGAAGCCCCUAUCGCCCAACGCAAGUGCACCCUCGCGUCCCAAGCCCUACCCGACCUACUCACGAUACCUGAUAGACACGCAAAGCACCGCAUCUCGUACAGCAGACGGAGAAGGACCGCAAGUGGAGCAUGGCAGAGCGGUGCGCGAAUGGCUGGAUCGCUCGCAGGACCAUGACGCUUUCGACCGCUCGGACGAGGGCAGGGCCGCACCAAAGGAAGACGAAUAUGAAGGCGAAUCGCAACUGCCGUUCCCGUCAGCCAAGACAAAGUCGAAGGGCGCGCACAGAGAUGGAAGCGGGAACAGCGGCAAACGGGAUCAGCACAGGCCGAGUUUUGGGUCAUCGCCAAUCCAUCAUAGGUUGAGGACGUGGCACGGCAAGAGUCGGCACAGCUGGGACAAUCGAAGUCAGGAUUUUGGCGAGGAGGACGAACAAGGGGUUUACGAGAGUAGCAGUGCGGAUGAGUCUGAUCUUGCCGAAUGA